AUGGCUGGCCAGAAGAUUGACGGCACUGCCAUUGCCAAGAGCAUCCGCGAGAGGCUGGGCCAGAAGAUUAAAGAGAAGCAGGAGAAGAACCCGCGAUACCGUCCGAGCCUGAAGAUUGUCCAGGUGGGCGACAGGUCCGACUCUAGCACCUAUGUGCGCAUGAAGCUGAAGGCCGCUGAAGAGGCCAACAUCGACUGCGAGCUCGUCCAUCUCCCAGAAGACCUUACCGAAGGCGAGCUCCUGUACAAGAUUUACGAGUACAACAACGACCCCGCCGUCCACGGCAUCCUCGUCCAACUGCCCCUCCCCAAGCACAUCUCCGAGCACACAAUCACAUCGGCCGUCGCCGACGAGAAGGAUGUCGAUGGCUUUGGCAUCCAGAGCAUUGGUGAGCUGGCCAAGCGCGGCGGCAAGCCUCUAUUCACCCCAUGCACACCCAAGGGCGUCAUGGUGCUGCUCCAAGAGGCUGGCAUUGAUAUCUCAGGCAAGAACGCUGUUGUACUGGGACGCAGCGAUAUCGUAGGAAGCCCCGUCAGCUACCUGUUGAAGAACGCCGACGCAACAGUCACUGUGUGCCACUCGCGGACAAAGGAUCUGCCCGAAGUCGUUCGCCGGGCAGACAUCGUCAUCGCUGCCAUUGGCAAGGCGCAAUUCGUCAAGGGAGACUGGCUCAAGCCCGGUGCCGUCGUCAUUGACGUUGGCACCAACUUCAUUCCAGACGACACCAAGAAGAGCGGACAGAGGCUAGUAGGAGACGUCGACUACGACUCUGCCGUCGAGGUAGCCUCACACAUCACCCCGGUACCUGGUGGUGUAGGGCCUAUGACCAUCGCCAUGCUACUACAGAACCUUGUUGACUCGGCCGACGCGACCUUCGACAGGCAGAAGAAGCGCAAAAUCUCGCCGCUUCCCAUCCGCAUCGAAGACCCGAUACCCGCCGACCAUGCUAUCUCACGGAAGCAGCACCCAAAGCAGAUCACGGCCGUAGCGAAGGAGGUUGGCAUCCUGCCGCACGAGCUAGAGCCAUACGGUGCAACAAAGGCCAAGGUUGAUCUGUCCCUGCUGAAGCGACUCGAACAUCGCCGCAACGGCAGGUAUAUUCUCAUUGCUGGUAUCACCCCUACGCCGCUCGGCGAGGGUAAGUCAACAACCACGAUUGGCGUUGCGCAAGCAUUAGGCGCGCACCUCGGCAGGAUAUGCUUCGCCAACGUGCGCCAACCCAGCAUGGGACCGACAUUCGGUAUCAAGGGUGGUGCUGCUGGUGGAGGUUACAGCCAGGUCAUUCCCAUGGAUCAGUUCAACCUCCAUCUUACAGGCGACAUCCACGCCAUCACCGCUGCCAACAACUUGCUUGCUGCUGCUAUCGAGACACGUAUGUUCCACGAGAACACUCAAAAGGAUGCUGCCCUAUACAAGCGCUUGGUGCCAGCUAAGAAGGGCAAGCGCGAGUUUGUACCGGUCAUGUUCCGUCGUCUUAAGAAGCUGGGUAUCGACAAGACGAACCCAGAUGACCUGACUGAAGAGGAGAUCACCAAGUUUGCCAGGCUCGACAUCGACCCAGAAACCAUCACCUGGCGACGUGUGUUGGAUGUCAACGACAGGCAUCUGCGUAAGAUCACAGUCGGUCAAGCGCCAACAGAGAAGGGCCAGACUCGCGAGACUGGCUUUGAUAUCUCGGUCGCCAGUGAGUGUAUGGCUAUUCUUGCGCUCAGCAAGGAUCUGUCGGAUCUUCGCGAGCGUCUUGGUAGCAUGGUUGUUGCGAGCUCCCGCGCUGGUGACCCCGUCACCUGCGACGAUAUUGGUGCUGGUGGUGCCCUGACUGCUCUGCUUGUUGAUGCCAUCAAGCCCAACAUGAUGCAGACCCUUGAGGGCACUCCCGUCUUCGUUCAUGCCGGCCCAUUCGCAAACAUCAGCAUUGGCGCUUCUUCUGUAAUCGCAGACAGGCUUGCUCUGAAGCUGGCCGGUACCGAGCCAGAUGAGGACCACGACGCUCAAACCGGAUUUGUUGUGACUGAGGCUGGCUUCGACUUCACUAUGGGUGGAGAGCGCUUCUUCAACAUCAAGUGCCGCUCAUCCGGUCUUGUGCCCGACACCGUUGUCAUCGUCGCGACCGUUCGUGCCCUCAAGAACCACGGCGGCGGCCCUGACAUCAGCCCGGGUGCGCAACUUCCCGAAGUCUACCGCACCGAGAACGUUGAUAUUCUCCGCGCCGGUUGCGUCAACCUUAAGAAGCACAUCGAGAACGCCAAGCAGUAUGGUGUCCCUGUCGUUGUUGCCAUCAACCGCUUCGCGACCGAUACCCAAGCCGAGAUCGACGUGAUCCGCGAAGAGGCCAUCGCUGCCGGUGCCGAGGACGCCAUCCCAGCCAACCACUUUGCCGAGGGUGGAAAGGGUGCUGUAGACCUUGCAGAGGGCAUCAUCAAGGCCUCUGCAAAGCCUAAGCCCGACUACAAACUCCUCUACGACGUCAACAGCGGUACAGUACAAGAGCGCAUGGAAAUCAUUGCCAAGAAGAUGUACGGUGCUUCCGCUGUUGAGUUCUCUGAGCUCGCUCAGAAGAAGGUCGACACCUACGUCAAGCAGGGUUUCGGUAACCUGCCCAUCUGCGUAGCCAAGACGCAGUACUCUCUGUCUCACGACCCCAGCCUCAAGGGUGCCCCAACUGGCUUCACGGUCCCUAUCAGGGAUGUCAGGAUGGCAGCUGGUGCGGGAUACUUGUAUGCACUAGCAGCAGACAUCCAGACUAUCCCUGGUCUGCCUACUGCUCCUGGAUACCUGAACAUCGAUGUUGAUGUGGAGACUGGCGAGAUUGACGGCAUGUUCUAG